CAUCAACAAGAUGUAAACACAAAAUCAAAGCCAAGAACUCCAAGAAACCGUCUCUCUCUCUCUCUGAAGUCAAUACUCAAACAAUAAUCCACCUAACCAAACUCGGCCUAUCUCUUUCUCUCUCUCUCUAUUUCACAUCGCCGGAAAAAUUAAACUCAAUUUUUCACCGGAACUUGCUAUUCUUAUCCAAUUUACAUGAUCGAUCGCCGGUAGCCGGUGACUGUCUGAUUUUCUAUUUUUUAUCUCUUGAUUAUUAUGAAGAAUAAUAGCAACAAAGGAGAAAGUAAUAGCAGCAGCAGUCACAAUAACAGUAAAAACAACCGGUUUAUUCCAAAUUCUUUGAAAUUCAUUUCUUCUUGUAUUAAAACCGCUUCUUCCGGUGUCCGGUCAGCCAGCGCUUCUGUUGCUGCUUCCGUCUCCGGUGACCACCACGACCACAAAGACCAGGUGCUCUGGGCCUCAUUUGACAAACUAGAGCUUGGUCCUGGUUCCUUGAGGAACGUUCUUUUACUUGGGUACUCCAGUGGCUUUCAAGUCAUUGAUGUUGAAGAUGCCUCUAACAUCACGGAACUAGUGUCUAGACGUGAUGAUCCAGUUACGUUUUUACAGAUGCAGCCCCUCCCUGCAAAGUCUGAGGGUUGCAAAGGAGAGGGAUAUAGGGCAUCACAUCCUUUGCUCUUGGUUGUUGCAUGUGAUGAAUCAAAGAGCUCAGGUCCAAUUCUCAGUGGGAGAGAUGGAUUUAAUGAGCCUCAUAUGGGAAAUGUUGCCAUCUCUCCGACUAUUGUUCGGUUUUACUCGUUGAGGUCUCAUAAUUAUGUUCAUGUUCUGCGAUUCCGUUCGACUGUCUAUAUGGUUAGAAGCAGUCAGCGGAUCGUUGCUGUGGGUCUUGCAACACAAAUAUACUGCUUCGAUGCCCUCACUUUUGAGAACAAAUUCAGUGUUCUCACUUAUCCUGUCCCUCAAUUGGGAGGUCAAGGAAUGGUUGGGGUUAAUAUCGGCUAUGGUCCUAUGGCUGUGGGUCCUAGGUGGUUAGCCUAUGCUUCUGACAACCCACUGGUGUUAAAUACAGGCCGCUUGAGUCCACAAAGUCUUACUCCUCUGGGUGUAAGUCCAUCAAGUUCACCUGGCAGUGGGAGUCUGGUAGCUCGGUAUGCCAUGGAAUCUAGUAAGCAAUUAGCUACUGGUUUAAUAAAUUUGGGAGACAUGGGCUACAAAACUCUGUCUAGAUAUUGCCAUGAUCUUAUGCCUGAUGGUUCUAGUUCUCCUGUAUCUUCAAACUCAAGCUGGAAAGUUGGUCGUGGGGCAACAAAUUCAGCAGAUACAGAUACUGCUGGAAUGGUAGUUGUGAAAGAUUUUGUUUCCAGAGCUGUGAUAUCUCAAUUUAGAGCUCAUACUAGUCCAAUUUCUGCUCUGUGUUUUGAUCCAAGUGGUACACUUUUGGUCACUGCCUCUAUUCAUGGGAACAAUAUAAAUAUUUUUCGGAUUAUGCCAUCCUGCUCUCAGAGUGGACAAGGCGCUAAGAAUUAUGAUUGGAGCUCUUCUCAUGUUCACCUUUACAAGCUGCAUCGUGGCAUUACCCCCGCUAUUAUACAAGACAUUUGCUUUAGUCAUUACAGUCAGUGGAUUGCCAUUGUUUCAUCCAGGGGAACUUGCCAUAUUUUUGUGCUUUCCCCUUUUGGCGGUGAGAAUGUUCUUCAAAUACAUAAUUCCCAUGUUGAUGGGCCUGCUCUUUCUCCUGUUGUAUCCUUACCAUGGUGGUCCACUCCAUCUUUCCUGGUAAACCAGCAUUCUUUUUCUUCAUCGCCGCCAUCACCCGUUACCCUUUCUGUGGUGAGCAGAAUUAAAAAUAAUAACUCUGGAUGGCUCAACACAGUUAGCAAUGCUACUUCUUCUGCAGCAGGAAAGGCUUCAAUUCCAUCUGGUGCUAUAGCUGCUGUUUUUCAUAGCUGUGUGCACCAAGAUUCGCAAUCUGCUCACUUGAGAAAAGUUAACUCUUUGGAGCACCUAAUGGUUUACACUCCUUGUGGUCAUGUAGUUCAAUAUAAACUGCUGUCAUCAGUGGGUGGAGAGCCAAGCGAAAUUGCUUCAAGAAAUGGGCCAGCUUCUUCAGUGCACAUGCAAGAUGAGGAAUUAAGAGUGAAUGUUGAAUCCAUCCAAUGGUGGGAUGUUUGCCGAAGAGCAGAUUGGCCUGAAAGGGAGGAAUGCAUUUCUGGAAUCACUCAUAGAGGACAAGAAACUAAAGAGACAGUCAUGGACACGUCUGAUGGUGAAGAUGAUGGUAUUGCGCAUUCACAAUUGGUGAUGUCCCACGAACCAUCUCAUUGGUAUCUCUCCAAUGCAGAGGUGCAGAUGAGCUUUUGGAGAAUACCACUUUGGCAGAAAUCUAAGAUGUAUUUCUAUGCAAUGAGUCAUCUGGGGCCUAAAGAAGAGAACAUCAGUGAAGAUCAAACUGGUCAAGAGAUUGAAAUAGAGAAGGUUCCUGUUCAUGAGGUUGAGAUUAGGCGGAAGGACCUGCUGCCUGUUUUUGACCAUUUUCACAGGUCUCCUGAAUGGAGCGAACGGGGUCUUGGAGAUGUAAGAUACUCAUCUUCAUCUUCUGAAUCUCGUGGAGUCAAAGAGUCUGAAGAUGCUGUUAUUUCUCACUCUGAGUUGGUCUCACCUGAUUCAGCUCCAAGUUCAGAUGGUGGAUCAUCAACAAAAUUUUAUCCCUCCAUGCUGCAAGCUGCUAAUUCUAACGCUGGUGAAGGAGGGAUUUCUAUGUUGGCAUCACCCAUCCUGUAUGAAAGCUCUAUUAACAAAGAUAUAUGUUCAGUUUCAUUCAAACAAGCUCAAAUAGAUGCUUCUCCUGCUGAGAAUAGUAAUUUUGUCAAUAGUAAUGUAACAUCUUUAACAAAUGAUCCACAUACUGCUGGAAGAAUGAUUGCAAAAGAAGUUCAGUCAUCAGAAAGUGGUUUCACCAGUGAAGCUUCAAACUUAAGUUCCAUUCGAUCGGAUUUGAGCAUGAACAUCAUAGAUGAGGGACCAGCAAAUUAUUCCCCAGAUUUUGAGCUGUUUUUUCAAGAGGGUUACUGUAAAGUGUCAGAAUUGAAUGAAUGUCAAGAAUCAACUGAAGUUCUUACUUUUGUGGACAACAGCAGCAGUCCUUGUGAUGUAGAUAAAUCUGAGGAAGAUGGUGACAAUGACGACAUGCUUGGAGGUGUUUUUUCUUUCUCCGAAGAAGGUUGAUGUCCGUUUUCCUGUUUUCAAGUUCUGCUUAGUUCAAGCUGCCUUUCCUUACAAUUCAAUUUGUUCUGCAAAAGUCGGCCUAAUGGGGUGGUUUGAUUCUAAUUGAUAAAUGUGGGCAAUAAUUGCCUUUCGACAAUGGAAUGCUACUGACAGAUUGAUACGAGAAGUGAGAUAAUUCUGGCAGAUAUAUUACGGCCAGUGCAAAUGCCAGGCUUCUGCCCAUCCAAUUCUCAUGUACAUUUUGUAAAUUGAUAUUCAAAUACCAAUGAUUUGUGGGGAAAGCUUCUUUAUGUGCUGUGGAACAUUAUUUGUUCUUCAAAGAAAAAGAAAAAAAAAUGAAUAAAGAAAAAAAAUUCAAAUCA